AUGGAUCCUUAUCGCCCAGGUCAUUAUGCUCCGUAUCGUGCCCCAACUUAUGAAAGACCACCUUAUGUUCAACCGGGAGGUCCUCCUACUUAUGGACACACUACACGAGGUGGCUAUGCUCCUGGCGGUCCAUCGCAACGAUCGGGUUAUAUGGGUCCUAGACAAAAUUUUACUCAUGGCCAUGUUAUGCCCUUGGGUAGUGCACCACAAAUGGCGACUCCAGGUCCAGAAGCAGAAAAGUUGACAACUCUUUUCAUUGGGGGAAUAUCACCGGGUGUAACUGAUGAUUGGAUGGAAAAAAUUCUCAAGGAUGCUAAAAAUUUUCUUUCCCAGUUAGUUUUCGAUUUGAAUUAUUUUAGUCUUGAAUUGAAUCUUUUGAUACACAUAUUGGGCGCGCGUGGAUAUUUUCAGACUUGUGGUACGUUAAAAACUUGGAAACGGGUUAAAGACCAAUCCGGAAAUCCUAAGGGUUUUGGGUUUGCAGAAUAUGCGGAUGCUGAUAGUGUGUUACGUGCUUUACGUGUACUUGGUGGUGAAGGUACCGGUGAUGAAAAGAAAGACAAGGGUGUCGUACUUCCAGCCUUAGAAGAAGGUGCCACUGGAAAAAAAUUAAUAGUUAAAGCUGAUGAGAAUACAAGAAAGUAUCUUGAUCAAUACGAAGCAUCAAGGCCAAGAACAGUGCAUGAUACAGAAUUAGACAAAAAUGCUUUGUUAUCCGUCAUAAAUGUUGUCGAAGACAUGACUAAACCACAGGAUAGAAAAGAUUCGACAUCCCACUUACUACAUUUGCACCAAGAAAAUAGGGUAUCACUUCGAUCGCCAGCUUCAGAAUUAAAAAUGGAACAUGGAGAAAAAGAUGAUGACACAGAUUUACCGGCGGAUCUUCCUCCGGAUCAAAAAGAUCUUAUUUACCGAGAAAUCGCUUUCUUUCGAGAGCGUGCUGCGGCAAGAGAACGAGAACGUCAAAGAGAAGAAGAAGAAAGAGCAAGUCGUAGAGCCAAGGCUGAGAAAGAAAGAGAGCAAAGGAGGUGGCAACAUAGAGAAGAGACAAUGGCAACAAAUCGUGAGCGUGAAGCAGAACGAGAUUUAGAUAUUAGAGAAAAACAAAUUCGAGAUCGAGAAAUAAUGGCAAGAAAGUUGGCAGAAUGGGACGAUGAUGUUGAGGCUGAAAGGGGUCAAGAAGAAUAUUACAGAGAUAGAUCUCGUUGGUGGUUUCAUCGACAACAGUUUAGAGCACGUGAAUUGGCUUUGGACGAAUCGGAUAGGUUACGCGAGCAACAAGACAUUGACGCCGAGCAGCGUCGAAUAGAAUGGGAACGAAUGCUUGAGGAAGAAAGAAAGCAACGUGAAGAAGCUAUAGUAAUGGAAUUAAAUGCAGAAAAAGAGAUUUCAACAAACUCUACCAAUGGUACUUCACAACAUAAUAAUGUUAAAGCUAAAUUAACACUUAAUCUUGCUUCAAAACGUCGUGCAGCAUUAAUGGCUCCUGCCGAAGAAGAGGAAUUUGAUGACGAAGAAGACUUAGUAGAAAAUAUACCAACAGAUAAAGAAGGACUUUGGAAUUGGAAUGUCAAAUGGGAAGAAUUAGAUGAGAAUAUUCUUAACAAAAAGUUACAGCCAUUCGUAAGUAAAAAAAUUGUCGGAUAUCUUGGCGUACAAGAAGAUGAAUUAGUUUUCUUUGUAAUGGAUCAUUUACGUAAUAAAAAGUCGGCUGCAAAUUUAACCAAGGAGAUGGAGAUGACUUUAGAUGAAGAAUCCGAACUAUUCGUAAUGAAAUUAUGGCGUAUGUUAAUUUUUGAAACAGAAAGUAAAGCGAGAAAAAUAUAA